AUGCCAAAGCGACCAAUUGGUCAGAAGGCAGCCAAAAAUGCAGCUUUAGCUGAAAAAGGACAGUCAAAACGACCCAGGUCAGAUGAUGAUGAUGGCAACUCAAAAGAAUCUGCAAUUAAUUUGGACAAGUUAGACAAAUUCCAGGAGGAAACAAAUGCAAAUCGCAUCAAGGUACUGGAACUUCAACAGAAGUUGUCAUCUGAGAAGCUUGAGACCGCAAAACUUGCCCACCUUACAGCACAAGAGACUAAAGAGGGAAAGAAGCUUAUUUUAGAGGCAAAGAAGGUUGAGAAAGAAUCAAAGAUGAUGGAUGCUUAUAAUAAUCUCAUCUCACAAGAUACAAGCUCAAUGUCUGAUGAAGAAAAGGCUGAGCGAGUUGUUGCAAUGAAGUGUCUUAGGAAGGCAUUUUUUCCUGACACUAUCUAA